UUGAUUUCUUCUCGUAAAGUGUAUGUCAUUAAAAAAUUGAGUAUACCAAUUAAAGCGGGACGCGGCUCAUAAUUACACUAAUCGCCAGUUUAAAAUAAUACAAUUAAAAAGAAGUAACAUUACUCUCUUCAACGUCUGCUAACGUGCCAACGUGGUGAUUUCUUACAACGAUUUUGCGGGAGCAGUCGCAGAAUGACGCUGCGAACUGAGACAGAAAAAAGUCGUCCCAACCCACCUCUAGAUAUAUAUCAGUUGUAUUUCCUAGAAAAAGAAGAAUUUAAAUUUACAGGUUAGGCAUUUUAUUUUGUUGACAUUUGGAAUAAUUUAAAAAAUAGAAAGGAGUGAUUUUAAAUUAUUUGCUUUUGUACAAAAGAAAAAUUAAUGAUUAUUUAAUUUAUUAUCCAAAAUGAUGUCUGACGAAUCGGAGAAUGAUGGUGUAUAUGUAGAUCAACAAGAGAAAGAUAUCUACUAUAAGAAGUACAAUUUAUUACUAGAAGAGUGUUCUAACUUACAGAGAUCAAACGAAAUUCUUGUCUUUAGGAUACAAGAAGUGAACAAAAUUACAAAGAGAAGACUGAAAGAUAUAAAAUUUUUCAAACAGAGGUUAAUAAAUAAUUAUGAAGAAGAUUGGACAGUCAUUCCAGAUAUAGAACAUACCCUAAAUAAGGAAGACGACAAAAAAGCUGUAGCUAAUGUUUUCAUUGCCAGUAAAAUAAAAGAAGAGAAAAUUGAUGAAGGUGAGGAAAAGGUAGAGAAAAAACCUACAAAGAGACCAUCAAAAAGAAAGUCAUCAAGAUCUGAAAAAGACCCAAAUGCACCAAAAAGACCGUCAAACCCAUUUUUCCAAUUUUGUCAAGAACAGAGGCAGAUAUUGAUGGAACAAAUCGCAUCUGAAUUAAAGCCUGGUGAAGUCGAACCAAGUAAACAAGAAUUAACCAGACAGCUUGCUAUUAAAUGGAAAACCCUCUCUGUACCUGAUCGAAAAGUGUAUGUAGAUCGUUAUGAAAGAUCCAAAGAAAAAUAUGCAGCAGAGAUGGAAGAGUAUAAUAUGAAAAAAUGAAUAUUCAUUUAUUGACUGAAUUGUUUAGACAGUGAGAAAAACUUUUUUGUUGUGUAGGUAUCAAGUUGUUUCUAAAAUAACUCUUGAUUUGCCUGUGAUACCUGACUAUACAAGUUUAUUGGUAGAAAUUACAAAAAAAAAAACUAGGAAAAAUAAUUAUUGAACAUCUUUAACAAAAAUAUUUUUUUUGUUGUUUAGGUUUAAUAAUAGACAAAUAUGAGUUAGUGAUAUGUAUUUGAGGUUAAAUUAAAUCAGGUCAUAUAAAUUA